GGACUGUCUUGCUUCGCAUUAAGUCAUGCUCUCUCUUCCCUCUUUGCCAACACCGGCUUCGUUCUUUUGCCCACCAACUUGCCAGCGGUGAGAGCUACUAACAAGCACCGUUCAAUUGGUUCAUAAUGGAACUCAAAGCUCUGCUCCUCGCCGGAGCGCUGCUCCUACAAGGGCAAUCCGCCAUCGCGAUAGAGCCGACGCGGCAGCCGCACCAACCGACCGGCAACGGCGACAAGAUCCUGACAUGGAACGAGACGAUGGUGAACAACGAGUUCCGCGCGAGCUCCCGCUCCGUGAGCUGGCUGACCGGCGGUGAAGACGGCCAGUACAUCUACAGCGGCGACGGCGGCGCGCUGGUCCUCGAGAACUUCAUCACGGGCGAGAGCUCGACCUUCGUCGCCGCCGACCUGAUCCCCGAGGGGCUGGUGGAAUACUGGAUCCGCCCAGACCUCGCCAAGGUGCUGUUCGCGACGAACUACACGAAGCAAUACCGCCACUCCUACUUCGCCGACUACUCCGUCCUCGACGUCGCGACGGGCGAGGUGACGCCGCUGGUGGAUGACCAGGCGGGCGACAUCCAGUACGCAGAGUUUGCGCCGGCGGGCGACGCGAUCGCCUUCGUGCGCGGCAACAACCUGUUCCUGAACAAGAACGGCGCCGUCUCCCAGAUCACGGACGACGGGUCCGCGGACCUGUUCCACGGGGUGCCGGACUGGGUGUACGAGGAGGAGAUCUUCGGCGACCGCUCCGCGCUCUGGUUCUCGCCCGACGGCGAGGUGCUCGCGUAUCUCACGUUCAACGAGACCGGCGUCGAGACUUUCACGGUCCAGUACUUCAUGGAUAACCAGGACAUCGCCCCCGUGUACCCGCAUCUGCUCGACUUGCGGUACCCCAAGGUCGGCACGACGAACCCGACUGUGUCGUUGACGCUGCUGAGGAUCGAGGGCGAGGAGAAGGUGGCGGUGCCGAUUGACGCGUAUCCGGCUGAGGAUCUGGUCGUGGGCGAGAUUGCGUGGGUCACGUCUGCCCAUGGCAGCGUCAUCUACCGUGCUUUCAACCGCGUGCAGGACACCUCCAAGCACGUGCGUGUGGAUGUGGGCGACGCGAUCACCACGGAAAUCGUCAGGGAGCGAAACGGAACCGAGGGGUGGCUGGACAACGACAUGGGGAUCGAAUUCGUCGGGCCUAUAAACGGUUCGACCGGGGAAUACUACCUCGACGUUUCCGACGAGUCUGGGUGGCAGCACAUCUACCUCUACGCAGUUGACGGAUCCAGCACCACGGCCCUCACCGAGGGAGAGUGGGAGGUAGCGCGCAUCCUCAAGGUCGACACCGAGCGCGAGCUGGUGUACUACACGUCGACCCAAGCGGACAGCACCGAGCGCCACGUGUACUCCGUCUCCUACUCGAGCAAAGAAUCGAAAGCCCUCGUCGACGACACCGUCCCCGCCGUCUGGAGCGCAUCGUUCUCCUCCGGCGGGGGGUACUACAUCCUCAGCUACUCCGGGCCGGACGUGCCGUACCAGGAACUGUACGCCAUCAACGACACCGCGACGCCGCUGCGCACCAUCACCUCCAACGAAGCGCUGUGGAACAAGCUGCAGGAGUACAACCUCCCGAACACGACCUACUUCACUCUCACCCACCCCGACGGCUACAGCCUCAACGUGAAGCAGCAGCUCCCGCCGAACUUCGACCCGUCGAAGAAGUACCCCGUGCUGUUCACGCCGUACGGCGGGCCGGGCUCGCAAGAAGUGUUGAAAUCCUUCGACUCGAUCGGCUGGGCCGCGUACAUCGCCUCGGACCCCGAGCUCGGGUUCAUCCAGUACACCGUCGACAACCGGGGCACGGGGUUCAAGGGGCGGGCGUUCCGCGCGCUCGUGGCCUCGCACCUCGGCGAGUUCGAGGCCGCCGACCAGAUCUGGGCCGCGCAGCAGCUCGCCGCGCAGAACGCGUUCGUCGACGCGGGUAGGGUGGGGAUCUUCGGGUGGUCGUACGGCGGGUACCUGUCCUCGAAGGUGCUGGAGGCGGACUCCGGCGUCUUCACGCUGGGCCUCAUCGUCGCCCCCGUCAGCGACUGGCGCUUCUACGACAGCAUGUACACGGAGCGGUACAUGAAGACGACGCAGCUGAACCCGGAGGGCUACGCGCGGUCCGCGGUCCGCGGCGUCGAGGGGUUCGAGCAUGUCGCGGGCGGGUUCGCCAUCAUGCACGGCCUCGGGGACGACAACGUGCACUACCAGAACUCGGCGGCGCUGGUGGAUCUGCUGGUGGGGGCCGGGGUGUCGCCCGAGAAGAUGCAGUGGAGGGUUUUCACGGACAGCGAUCAUGGGAUCUCGUAUCAUGGCGCGUCGACGUAUCUGUACAAGUUUAUGACGGAGCUGCUGUUCCGCGAGAAGAGCAGGGAGAGUGGGGGGUUGGCGCAUCAGUGGACGAGGAGGGCGAAGGGGUGGUUUGUGGGUUAGAUGUAGGUUAGGUAAAUGUAAUAUUUGCAUAUCAGGGCUGGGUAUAAACUGUUUUCAGAUAGCUCUAAGCAAUAUAAAUAAUUCGUAACUUAACACCGAGCGUCAGGGUCAAUGGGCUUUCGUGCCGAUUAGUCGCCCGCGACUUAUAUGAGAUC